UCCAAUGACGCUUUUAGUGUAUAAAUCCAACUGACAGUUUUCCCUUCACCUUUGCUCCAUCACCCCGUCUCCACCAAAUGGCGCGAAAAUCCUCGUUUUUCACCGGAACAUUACCGGCAUUUCGCGUCUUUUCUUUUCUGUUGCUCCUCUUCUCCCGCCCAAUCAUCGGGGGUCACGACUAUCGGGACGCACUCAGCAAGAGCAUUCUCUUCUUUGAAGGCCAGCGCUCCGGCAGGCUCCCUCCAGAUCAACGCCUCAAAUGGCGCAGUGACUCGGCAUUGCACGACGGAGCAUCCGCCGGAGUGGAUCUAACCGGAGGAUACUACGACGCCGGAGAUAACAUUAAGUUCGGCUUUCCGAUGGCCUUUACGACAACAUUGCUCUCGUGGAGCAUAAUAGAUUUCGGCAAGAACAUGGGGCCGGAGCUGAGGAACGCCUUGAAGGCAGUCAAGUGGGGGACAGACUAUCUGUUAAAGGCAACGGCGGUGCCUGGCGUCGUCUACGUUCAGGUAGGUGAUCCUUACUCUGACCAUAACUGCUGGGAGAGGCCAGAGGAUAUGGAUACGCUGCGUACGGCGUAUAAGAUCGACAGGUCCCACCCGGGAUCCGACGUGGCAGGUGAAACAGCCGCUGCACUGGCCGCUGCCUCGAUCGUGUUCAGAUCACGUGACCCUUCGUACUCGAGACUGCUGCUAAAUCGAGCCGUUAAGGUAUUUGAGUUUGCUAACACGUACCGGGGUGCGUACAGCGGCAGCUUACACAGGGCAGUGUGCCCUUUUUACUGUGAUGUGAACGGUUACCAGGACGAGUUGCUUUGGGGAGCCGCGUGGCUGCACAAAGCGUCACGUAGGCGCGAAUACAGAGAAUUCAUAGCGAAAAACGAGGUGAUACUGAGAGCGGGAGAUACUAUCAAUGAGUUCGGUUGGGAUAACAAGCAUGCUGGGAUUAAUAUUCUCAUUUCCAAGGAAGUGUUGAUGGGAAAAGCUGAAUAUUUCGAGUCUUUUAAGCAAAAUGCUGACUGGUUUAUCUGUUCAAUAUUGCCUGGAAUCCCUCAUCCUCAAGUACAAUAUUCUCCAGGUGGGCUGAUUUUCAAGGCGGGAGGAAGUAACAUGCAGCAUGUAACGUCACUGUCUUUCCUACUUCUGUCUUAUUCUAAUUAUCUGAGCCACGCCAAUCGGGUCGUGCCAUGUGGCUCCAGAACAGCCACCCCUGCCCUUCUCAGACAAUUGGCCCAACGUCAGGUGGAUUACAUUCUAGGAGAUAAUCCUUUGAGAAUGUCGUACAUGGUGGGCUACGGUGCACGCUAUCCACGGAGGAUUCACCACAGGGGCAGUUCUAUACCCUCGGUGAAGGCCCACCCAGCCCUCAUCGGAUGCAAGGCUGGGUCUAUCUAUUUCUCAAGUCCAAACCCAAACCCUAAUGUGUUGAUUGGAGCUGUUGUUGGUGGGCCUAAUAUAACCGAUGCUUUUCCAGAUUCCAGGCCUUUCUUUCAAGAGUCAGAGCCCACAACGUACAUUAAUGCUCCUUUGGUGGGCCUCCUGGCAUAUUUUUCGGCCCACCCUUGAUUUAUUUAAGCUUGUCCCAUUAUUAUUGUAGAGAAUGAUGUGGUAGUUCUAGUAAUAGUAGAGGUGGCAAAGGUCACCCUACCUAAUUGUUGUCAAGGAUCUUGAUUGUUGUUAAUGAAGAAAGAAAGCAAGUGUAGCUUUGGAUAACGUA